GCCAACAACACCGAGGCAAGAAAAAAAAAAAACAGCUCGUCGCACACUGUGGCAGCCAAUCAGCGGACCGGUUUCUCUUCAGCAUCUCAGAGGGACUGAACCGUCAGGCAGAAUUGAGCUCAGGCAGCGGGGAGGAAAGAGACUUCAAGACUCCGCGACGUGCAAUUAUGGUUUUGUGAACUUGACGACGACGAGGAGGAGGGGGAUUACAUCACCAGCACAAAGAGAAAACAAAAGUCAGCUAAUCCGAGCACUGCACAGAAGGAACCAAAUUCCCGCACAAGCAUGGCAGACCAAAAAGACAACAUAGAUGACUUUAAAGUCCAGACAGCCAAGCAUCCCAACAUGACCUCGGUCCCUUUACGGCCGCACAGUGAACAGUCUAAAGACCGGUUGUCCAAGAGGCUUUCAACUGAGUCCAAUGGGACCAGCGAUGGAGGUAUGGGCUCGUCCACACCGGUGGAGUUAACUGCUUUGGAGGAGUCGUUUCGCCGCUUCGCCAUCCACGGCGACACUCGUGCUACAGGCAAGGAAAUGCACGGCAAGAACUGGUCCAAGCUCUGCAAGGACUGCGGCGUAAUCGACGGCAAGAACAUCACCCUCACUGACGUGGACAUUGUCUUCAGCAAAGUCAAGAAGAAAUCCUGUCGCACCAUCACAUACGACGAGUUCAAGGUUGCACUUGGAGAGCUGGCCAGGAAGAAAUAUAAAGAAAAGAGCGGAGAGGAUGCCGAGGCAGAGGUCUUCAAGUUGAUUGAGGGGAAGACACCUGUCAUCGCAGGAGUCACGAGAGCUGUGGCGUCCCCGACAGUGAGCCGUCUCACGGACACCACCAAGUUUACAGGGUCACACAAGGAGCGUUUUGAUGACACCGGCCGCGGGAAGGGUAAGGCGGGACGAGUGGAUGUGGUUGACACUUCCGGAUACGUCUCGGGGUACAAACAUCGAGGGACGUACGAAAAGAAAGUGAAUAAACCCACCGUGGGCAAACCCAUGUGAGGGCAAGGAAAUAAACAUUUGAUGAACCACUAGGAUAAUUUUCUAUUAAAAGAGUACUCAAAGAAAGCACAACAGAAUAGGAUUUCAUAUAUUUUCCCACCCAUCUAUUUUGUGCGUGUGUGUUUGUGUGUGAGAGAGAGAUGUUUUUUGAGUUCCUCUCUUUAAGAAGUGUGAGAACUGGAAAACUGUUUACAUCUAUUUUUACAAAGUCAUCACCAGCUGGUACAUUCCUGUCUGAUUGCAAGUUACUGCCAAACACUGAAGAGAACAAACGAGAGAAACUGCUAUGCUAUGAAUAUAGGAGCUUUGUUGUUAUAAUAGGGCCUUAUAAUAUUUAUUGAGCACAAUGAACAUGCCAAGAAAAACAAAAGUGGGACAACAGUUUGAUGAAUUAACAACGUUGCACUUUUUAAAUGGAAAUUUUUUCUAUUCCCAUAUUUAGCCGUAGAGAUGCAUUUUUAAUUUGCUUUGCAGAGUUUCAGUGAAAACUGGCACGUUUUUGACAGAGAUAUUAUCAAUGUUUUCUUUCUUUUGAGAACUUCAAUUGUUCCAUCUUCAGUGUUGUCUGUCAUCCCCACCUGUUGACUGUUGUUAAAGGAUUACCUCCCCACCAAAAUGAUCAUUUGUAUGUAAAUUACUCACCCCUUGUUACGUUGAAUUUGGGGGAAAAAGACGGUCUAGUGUAAAGGAUUUAGUGGCAUAUAGCUGUUAGGUUUCAAAACUAAAACUUCUCCUAUGUGCCAAGUGUGCAGAAGAACUACUGUGGCUGCCCCAAAUUGCAAAUGGCCCUAUUAAGACUCAUUCUGGGCUACUGUAGAACAACAUGACAGAAUCUAUGGAAGAGGUCCUGCUCCAUAUAUAGAUAAAAACAGGUUAUUCUGAGGCAUUGAAAAAACACAAUUCUCAUUUUAAGUUGAUGAUACACUCUUGAAAACAUCUUUAUGAACACUGUAUAGCAUUUCUGCCAAUAGAUGCCCCUAAAUUCUGCACACUGGAUCCUAAAAACACCUUCAACACCUGCACUGUUUAUGCACAAGUGUUUUAAAUAGUCAGGUUUUAGGGAACAUGCAUGUUUUGGAAGUACUGAGCAUAUGACUUGAUAAAUGAGACUUGUGUGGGAGUUUGUAAACAGAUGUUUUGAUAUUGUUUUGCUGUUGCUGAACUCCUCCACUAUGACUUCAAGAAAUUUGCCUUUUUUUUGGAUUCUUCUUCUGCCGUGGAUGCAUGCCAGAAAAACAAAAGUUUCAACAUGGAAUGAGUAAUAACAUACAAAUGAUCAUGUUGUUGGUGGAGCAUUCAUUUAAGUCUUUAUGAAAUCUACUGUUCAUUUUUUUUUUAUUCAUUUUAUAAGCUCACACUGUCAUUUCAAUAAUUUGCCUUCAGCUCAAACCAAGAAAAAUAGUUUUUGUGAACUUGUUUUAGACUUUUUGCUAUAAUACAACAUAGUUAACUGUUAGACUGAACAUUUUUGCCAUAUCUUCUUGCUUUUGUCAAUGUAUAAAACAUAAAAAAACAAAAGUCCUACCAUGCAAACCUUUUAAAUAUGCCUGCUUAUAACAUUUCAACAAAAAAAAAUACAAAAGCCUGUCAUUAUUGAGACCACAAACCAUUUGCUAACAUGCAUUUUGAAUUUUAAAUUGGUUUAUUUUCAACUGAAGAAAGAAGCUCUAACCACAGCAGAUGAGCUCAGUUGUGCAAGAUUGUAUUUUUAACAUUGUACUUAUAUUUCCUCAUCAGAUUUCUAUACAGUAGUUCUAAUAUAUUUGUGGUAAGAUUGUGUAUAUUCUAAAAAGUUAUAGCCACAUGGCUUAAUUUAUGACACUGGCUUCACAUGUUGUUUUUUCCUGUGUUGCUGUACUUUGUGCAUGUUUAUGUAUAUUGCAUUUGAUUCAGAAGCAUAUAGAUGACAGUAGGAGUUUGUCAUAUCUUAUCUGAACUGCUGUGAGGACAGACUACUG